CCAGAGAUUUCUAUAAGACUAAGUAAUUGCUCUCGAAUAGAUAACGUAUUCAGGAGGAACUUCAGCUGUACCACUGGAAAAUAUGCAGUGGAAAAUAAGUGAACGUAACUAAGAAGCUGCCUGAAUAUUUGAACCCUAAUGUUAGCCAGGAAUAUUUAUUUUAUAUGUUGGUUGCCUAUGCUGAUGAUCUUAUGUUUGACAGCAGAAAACUUUAUGGAAAAUAGGAUACCUGUAAAGUGCUUAUGUGUUACUUAAAUUAACUGAAAGCCCACAUUCAGUAGUUAUUGGGCAUUUAUCAAUAUGCAGAAUUAACCACUUCUUAAUACUUGUUUCCACCUAAUUGGUUCUUUUUGAGCUCUCAGUUGGUCAAACAGCUUCUACUGCUAGUUCUCUAGAUUUAGGAGCUUGUGGAAAAUGCUACAUUAAGGCCAGACACAGAUUGCUCUCACUGGAAGAGUCUGAUUAUUAUCUGAAAAGAAGACAUAAAGUAGCUAGAACAUGCUUAAAAACAGAUUUGCCUCAAAAAAUGUAGAAGACAAGCACUUGCAUAGCUUUGGCUAAUAUCCUAAAAUAAAUGUGUUCUUUUUUUGAGUGGCAUGAAAAAUGGAGAGUAAUAUGGUUAAAUAAAUCUUCAGAUGAUCAGCACCCUUACAAAAGUUAUGUGGAAGGGGCAUGUUUCAUUCUGUUUAAAUCAAGUCAUCCUGUUAUCAUAAGAAAUCUCAGUGGUUCAGCCUUGUGGAAGGAUUUAAAUGCAACACUUCAACAAUAAUCAGCUUAGGAGGACUUGCAUAGCUGCAUGCUCCAAAAAAGAGAUAAAAGAAACCAGAGUUUGAACUUGCCCCAAAGAAAGGCAGUGAGCUGUGGGGUGCAGGUUCAACACACUGUGCUGAGACUUUGAUUUUGACAACCAUCUAAAGUAGGGAUGCCUGCAGAUUUCAAUGGUUACUGGAAAAUGGUCAGCAAUGACAAUUUUGAGGAGUAUCUGAAAGCUCUGGAUGUAAAUGUUGCUGUAAGAAAAAUAGCAAACUUGCUAAAACCUGACAAAGAAAUCCUUCAGAAUGGGGAUCAUAUGAUCAUUAAAACGCUAAGCACUUUCAGAAACUACAUCAUGGAAUUUGAUGUAGGAAAGGAGUUUGAGGAGGAUUUAGCUGGAGUGGAUGAUCGCAAAUGCAUGACCACGGUAUCUUGGGAUGGAGAUAAACUUCUUUGUGUACAGAAUGGAGAAAAAGAAGGUCGUGGUUGGACCCAGUGGAUUGAAGGAGAUGAAAUGCACCUGGAAAUAAGAGUGUGUGGAGUCAAGUGUAAGCAGGUCUUUAAGAAGGUACAGUGAGCCUACUGCUGAUACAGAAGUGAAGAACAAAUCUUCAAAUGCCAGUAAUGAACAUCAUCAUUAAUGAGCAAACACAGCCAUGAAGAUCACAUUAAAACUGCAUAGUUAGAAUUAAGUAUUUUUAACAAAUAACUUUAAAGAAAUAACUGCAAGUAAUAC